AUGGAGAGCACACUACCAACAUACGAGGCCGAGUCGAGCGCUGGCGCGCGCCGCGGGUCCGCGUCCUCUGGCUCGUCAACAGUACCCGGCACAUCACGGCGGCUGUCGCGCCGCCGGCGCGCGGCGAGCCCCGCCGAGCUCCCAACAACAGGAGCCGCAUCAAUCUCAAUCGCUACGGUCAUGUCUGCGCGCGCGGCGCUCGAGCUCCUCUCGUCAACGCGUGCAUGGCAGGACAGGCGGUACGCCGCCGCCGUGCUCCGCUCGUAUGUCGGGUUCAAGGUCGACAGAGGCAAGACGAAGGGCUACGUGAGCUUCAAGCUCGCCAUGCUCGAGUAUCAGCUCCCGGCGCAGUUUGCAGACAUCGCGCUCGGCGUGCGGCGCGAGUACGGCCUCGGGUUCGCCGGCACGCGCGUCGACGGGCUCAGCGAGCAGCUCGCGUCGCUUGCACCCGUCGUGCGCGUCGAGAGCGUGACCGACGACCCGCCGCCGCCGUACACUGGCGCCGCGCCGGCGUAUGACGCGCCGUGGGCGCCGGCCGGCGUCGCGUGUUGA